AUGGAAUUAAUACUGCUGUCAGUAUUGGUUGCUUACGUUGCAGCUGCACCAGAACGUCACGACGACCAUGUGUUUCCGGCUGAUGACAUAAUCGAACUGCCAGUGGGAAGGUUUCCUGACCCUGAUUGCGAGUACUCGGUGUUCCGUAAUGGACCAAUGGGACCGAAAGUCAAUAGGUUAGCGACUAUAUCUGGACAAUAUUAA